UUUUUGGCGUUAAAACAUCUAGAUACAGACUAAAAACUCCACAAUUUUGUAUGGGUAAACCCGCAAAGCACAAGCCUUCGGUGACCUUGAGCUGAGAAGAAGCAAGGAAAAACGAAUAACAAAAAAAUAGAAAAAUGGCACCACCAUCAUACGCAGAUCUUGGUAAAGCUGCAAGAGACCUGUUUAGCAAAGGAUACAACUAUGGAAGCAAUAAAGUUGAAGUCAAGACAAAGACUGAUAGUGGAGUUAAAUUUACAACAAAGGGAAAUCACACUAGUGACACUGGUAAAAUGACUGGUGAACUUCAGACAGAAUACAAAUGUGAUGAUUAUGGUUUGACAUUCAAGGAGACCUGGAACACUGACAACACCCUUGCCACAGAAGUCACCAUUGAGGAUCAGCUAACUAAAGGAUUGAAAAUUGCUUUUGAUACGUCCUUUGCCCCUCAAACUGGUAAGAAGAGUGGAAAGGUAAAGACUGGUUACAAGCAAGACUAUGUAAACAUAAACUGUGAUGUCGACUUUGAUUUUUCUGGACCAACUAUUAAUGGAGCUGCUGUAUUAGGUUAUAAUGGAUUCCUUGGUGGAUACCAGAUGGCCUUUGAUACCUCUAAGUCAAAAUUGAUCAAAAGCAACUUUGCUAUGGGUUAUGAAGCUGGAGACUUUACCCUCCAUACAAAUGUAAAUGAUGCCUCUGAAUUUGCUGGAUCUAUUCACCAGAAGGUCAAUGAUGAUGUAGAUGUAGGUGUUAGUCUGUCAUGGACUUCAGGAAGUAAUGUGACCAGGUUUGGUCUAGCUAGCAAGUACACAUUAGACAAAAAUGCAUCAAUUAACGCCAAGGUUAACAACAGUGGACAGAUUGGUCUAGGAUAUACACAAAACCUUAGAAAAGGUGUGAAGCUUACACUAUCUUCUCUGAUUGAAGCUAAGAACAUCAAUGCUGGUGGUCACAAAAUUGGAAUGGGUCUCGAGUUUGAUCUGUAAAGACAUUGUUUCAAUAAAAUAUACAGUGACACUUCUCAUAAUAUACUGACCGUGUGAUGCAUAAAGAUCUAUAGAGAAUUGUGUAACAAUUGUAUUGUUGUAAGGUUCUUGUUUAGUUUUGUUGAAAGCUGAAUUUUAUUUUGAAGAAUAAUGAAUGCUACUUAUUCAGUAGUGUGAUUGAUAAAACCAUUUUUGCCAUAAUGUUGAAAUUGUUCAAGAGAUCUGUUGUAGAUCAUGGUGUUUGUUAAAAAUUGUCUGUUUCAACAGUUUUAUUAACAUAAUGUAGAAUUAACUAAUACUCUAGAGUGUGGGUGUGAAUGAGUUAUAAAUGAAUAUUGUGCAAUCUUGUGUCUGUGUAAAGUUUUAAGUUAAUAUAUACUGGGAACCAACUUACAGCAAGUUAUAUAUGUGUACCAAAUGAGAAAUGUGUACCAAAUGAGAAAGUGCUAUACUGUAUACAUUAUGUAAAAAGUGUGCACUGAUAGUUGAUUGUAGGGGAUACUUUGAAGUCAGUGUCCCCUUUGCUUUUUAUGUUGUAUGAAGUGUUAUGACCACAGGGCUAUGUAUUAUGUUUAAAGUUUUGUAAACUAGAGUAUAAUGAAUGUGUGAAUGUGGUUUUGGAAAAGUUUUUUUUUUACAAAUGUACUAAUGAUUAAUCUCAUUAUGAUAUAUGAAAAUGUAAACUAAUAUUUUUAAGUUAGUACAUCUUAAUAUUCAACAUUUAUCUCAACUUCUAUAACUUCUCCACCUUUGUCUAUGCAUUAAGACUUACAAGAAAAAAUAUUGAGACAUCUGUGUACAAUAGGAAAGGAUGGGCUUUUUGCAAAGAAGGCUUUAGAAGCCCAUACUGCCUGUUGUAAAAUGCUUUAUAAUGUUCAGUGAUAAAAGAUCAUGUGUAUCAUGCGGCAGCUUAUUAUUAUGAGAACCAGAAUAUCUGAUUAAUAAUUAAUUGUUGUGAUAUUAUUAUGUAGGCUUAAUCAGACAGAGGUUUUACUUUUUUAUGUCACUCUGUUAGUCUUUAGUGAUUUAUUUUCUGGGUUUUCUUUUGGCAUGUUUUCUAUUGAUUUCUGGAUCUUUCAUCAGAAUCUUGAAUGCAACAUUAUUUUUUUUCUGUGAAACAAUUUUUUUUAUCUACACCAUCAAAUAUUUUUGUGUUUGAGUUUCCUAGCUUCUUAUCAGUUUAUCCUUGUAUGAAUAAACUACAGUAAAAUAAAAACUGCAGGUCUUAAAAA